ACUCUAAACUAAUAAUUCCUUUUUUUUUUCAAUAUAUUUUAUUACUCCUUUUUCGUUCUUUUUUUUUCACUCGUUCCUUUUCUUUUCUCUCUCUAUCUUUCUCUCUUUUUUUUUUCUUGUAUUAUUAGAUAGGUCAUAAAUCUUUAUAUCAUAAACAGUAACGAAAUCAAAAUCUUAUUCGAACUCCAAUAAAUCGUAUAAAUAAAUACCCUUUCCAGUCUUUAUAAAUAUGCGUACUGCUUUCCUUUGUCUUGCAGCUUUUGCACAAUUAGCUUUAAAUGCUGUUUCAGCAGACCCUAUCAAUAUUCCUCUUUAUAAACGUUCUGAUUCUGGUGCUAUUUAUAAAGCUGCCGGAAAAGCACUUGAAAAUGGUGUGCUUGCUGGUAAAGUAAAGAUUGGUAAUCCUCCUCAAGAAUUUACUGUAGCCUUUGAUACCACGACUGGUUAUUCUUGGGUUCGUGGUUCUAGAUGUAAAACUAAAAAUUGUCGUGGACGUUGUAGUUAUUAUGCCCUCAAAUCCUCAGAUGUUGUUUCAACAGGAAAAAAAUUUUCAGUUGAAUAUGGCGACUCUUGUGUUGAUACACAUGUUUAUUUAGAUACCUUUGAAUUCAGCAAUCUUACAGUUAAGAAUAUGCCUUUUGGCGGCGCCUAUCGUAUGUCAGGUUUCGCUAAUGGUUUUGACGGUUAUCUUGGUCUUGGCCGUAGUGUUGAUUUUAAUUUUACCAAGAUAAGAUCGACCGCAUCCAACAGCUUGAGUAAACGUGAUGUUACACUUCCUGAUUCUGCCUUUGUUUCUACUGCUUUCCAACAAGGUUCUGGAAUAACAAGUGCUCAGUUUGGUAUCUAUACAACAAGCACAAAUGCCGGUUUUGAUCAAUCUGGUACUACACCUGUAACAUCCAAUACAGGCAACAUAGCUAACACAAAUACCACUCCUCCACCUGGUUCUAAUAUCAAUACCAACACCACUACGACUGAUACUACCGUUGAUACUUCUGGUAGUGUCACAGAUGGAGGAUUUGGUGCUCUCACAAAACGAAACAAUCAUGCCGCCGACACAGAAGAAGAAGAACCUGCUGGCUACCUUAUUUUAGGUGGUGUCGAUAAGUCAAUUAUAAAAGGUAAAAUGGAAUAUAUUCGUUUAGCUGAUAAUCCAGGUGCUAAAGCCAAGAAUUGGGACGUUUGUAUUCGACAUGCUAGCUUUGGUCCUCUUCGUUUCCGUCAGCAGCCUAAUGCGAUUGCCUCUGUCUCUACAUCUACUAGUUUUAUUUCCAUGCCACCUGACCAAGCUGAUGCCUUCCAUGCCAAGUUUGGUGGUCAAUACCAACCUUCAAAGCGUAACUAUGCUAUCAAAUGUUCUAAAGCUGCUGAGUUACCUCUUCUGAAAAUGACACUUGAAGAUCAUAUUGUCGAAUUGCCUGCAAAAUAUUGGAUUGCUGUUGUAGAUGCUGAUCGUGACUGUUGCGAAACUAAAAUUACUCGUGGUAAUUCAGAGCGUGAUUGGGUGCUUGGUACAAGUUUAAUAAAUGCCUUUUAUACAAGUUUUGAUCCUGAAAACGAAGCAAUUGGUUUAGCUAUCAAGAAGGGCCAUUCAAACGAUGGCCUUCGAGUCUACAAAAAAUCCCAUUAAAAAAAAAAUCUAACAUUACUUUAUAUGAAAAUCCUUACUUUUUUUUUUUAAAGUGUUAUAACAAAGAAUAUAGGAAUAAAUAUUUAUACAUAUAGAAUAUAGCUUCCCCUUGAUUUUAUAAACCAAAAAUAAAUUAAAGUCUAUUUAAUCUCAGCGAAUGAAAGAUUUCGAAAAAAA